AUGGAAUAUAUUGACACGACGUUUUGUAACGAGGACGGGUCUUUUGGAUUAUGCGGAUUUUUGGUGAGGGUUAGAAAGAGCGAAAAGGUUAUUGGGAUUACAUCGUCUAUUUUGGUUGAAGGAAAUAAAGAAACAAGUAAAAUUUUCAUGAGAAAAGAAAAGUGCGAAAUGUGUUGUCAUUUACUUGGAGAGAUUGAUAUUUGUGAAACGAUUUUCAAAAUAAGCAAAAAUGAGAAAGAAAGCCGGUCGUUUGGACGGUUGGCGAUUUUUGCGUGUGACAAUAAUUUUCAAAAUGAGAAUAUGAGAUGGAGAAGUGUCGAAACGAGAGCACAUUUGGGAGGGUUAAUUAAAGACAAUACACUUAAGCUCUUAUACAAUGACUGGACCUUUGGGUACAAUAUUCUUCAAGAGUUGGACUUCGGAAUGGGUGUGACACAAUUCUGUGCUGAGAGAAGUGAUGUUGUUGCUUUGAGACUAACACCAAAAGCGCCAAGAAACUCCAACGGAGCGCUUCUUGUUAAUUCGGACAAAUGUCCAGUUGGAAUUGUGGUGUACACUAAAGUACAAGACAACACAACCUAUGCUGUAUGUUUCGGUGUUGUAAUGAAGGCACUGCUAUCACUUGAUUCUGUGAAGAUGUUCACACAAGAAAAGCCCGAGAAACAAAAUGAAAACAUAGAAACUGUCAUUCAAUGCACACUGAACUCAAAACAACCAAGAGUGUUUAAGAUGAGUGCGAACGGACGCUGCUCGACAUGUGCUCCAAUUUACUCAUUAAACGGAUCAACACUUUUUGUAUCUGCUGCGCACAGCCUUGGAUAUAAGGAUGUUGACGUCGAGGUUGUGGAUGUUGAAACAAACACAAUAUAUAAAAGCAAAAGAAUUUUCUACUCGUGGUGCUUUGAUGUCGUUUUUGUAACAAUUGAAAAAACUUUUUCUAUUUUUGAAAUAUCAACAGAAAUAUCAAAAACAGCUUUUUUUCUCGGAUUUGGUGCGUCGUCUCAAGACGUCACACUCCAACCCACAAAAAUAUACUCAAUUGCUUCACAAAACAACAACGACUUUAUUUGUUGCUGCGAAGGUUGUGUCUCAGAGGGAAUGAGUGGAGGGGUGUUACUCCAAAACAACUCCAUUUAUGGUCUAAUUUUGAGCAGCGAUGAUGACUUUUCUUUUUGUCUUUGUGGUGCUUUUAUCCACAAAAUAGUAUCACUUCUUCAAACAAAAACAGAAGAAGAAAUACAGAUUGAGCUCAUGGGUUACGGCGUUGUGAAUGAAGCCAUUGAUGGUGUUGGUGACUAUUACGAGUAUCGGAAAAUUAAUUGA